CCCCACCUUCGCCCUUUUCUCCCCACCACCCGCGCCAGCCUCCUCCGCCGCUUCCCUAACCUUGCGCUUCUUCUCACUAUCCAUCCCAAUCCCGCCUCGAUCCCCUUUAACCUCCAACUCAAUCGGCCGGGUGCGCGCGCCCUCCGUCUUCCCCAAACCGCCGCCUUUGAAGCCCAUGCGCGCCAGCAUUUGCGCGCCUCUGUUGCUGCUGUCUAUUGAAGUUGCGAGGCCGGUUUCCAGAUUGGCCUGGGCCUGGGCUUCGAGUUCUGCUUUGGAGAGGGGCAGGCUACGUGCUGCGGCUUCCUUUUUGAGGCGCGCGGUGCGUUGGAGAGAGGUUUCUUUGGGUGGUGCUGGUGUUGUGGUGUCGGCGAAGGUCAUGGAGAGGUAGUCGUCUUCCUCUUCUUCAUUUCCUGGAGUUGAUGCGGCCAUGCUGGAUGAGGUGCUUGUGCUUUUGAGUUUUACUGCGACUCUAGUUGGUAAGGGAGUGGCAACGGUGAAGCCUCCGGUUGUGUCGACUUCGUUCGCGAGUCCCCGGCGCUGCCUCGUUCGGACAUUGGCUACGCAGGGGCUAUGUUGCUUUGAUCAAUGUGUUGUCAAGGCGGAGGUGGUGUCGGAGCCGUUCCGCCUCCUAUUUAGGUGCAUUAUCGACCCUCACACACCAAAAGGUAGCAAAUUGCCUGUUUUAGGCAGACUUAGCACAGCUUUACUGCCCCUCUGAUUAGAUAAUCGUCGGUAAAUUCCCC